GAUGCCCCAAGUGAACGUCGGAGAGCAAUGGCGGCGUGCCGGGGAUCUUCGUCGAAAUGGUUUUUCACCCGGGAGCAGCUCGAAAGCACGCCGUCUCGCCGAUGCGGAGUAGAACCAGACCGGGAACUUUCCUAUCGACAACAAGCUGCGAAUCUGGUGCAAGAUAUGGGUCAACGACUCAACGUCUCGCAAUUAACAAUAAACACCGCCAUUGUUUACAUGCAUAGAUUUUAUAUGCAACAUUCUUUCACCAAAUUCCACAGGAAUAUAAUAUCUCCAACAACGCUGUUCUUGGCUGCGAAAGUGGAGGAGCAACCUCGGAAACUGGAACAUGUGAUCAAAGUAGCACAUGCUUGCCUGAAUCCUCAAGAGCCGCCACUAGACACAAAAAGCAAUGCAUACCUCCAGCAAGCUCAAGAGCUGGUGAUACUUGAAUCCAUAGUGCUGCAGACCCUGGGCUUUGAAAUUACUAUUGAUCACCCACACACUGAUGUGGUGAAAUGUUCCCAGCUAGUGCGAGCAAGCAAGGAUCUGGCACAGACUUCCUAUUUCAUGGCUACCAACAGUCUACACCUCACUACCUUCUGCCUCCAGUACAAGCCCACUGUGAUUGCCUGCGUUUGCAUUCACUUGGCCUGCAAGUGGUCCAACUGGGAGAUCCCAGUUUCCACUGAUGGAAAACACUGGUGGCAGUACGUGGACAAAUCUGUCACACUCGAGCUGCUGGAUGAUUUGACCCAUGAAUUUCUGCAGAUUCUGGAGAAGACGCCAAGCCGGUUAAAAAGGAUACGCAACUGGAGGGCAACACAAGCUGCCAAGAAGCCCAAGACUGAAAGCUCCCAGUUGUCGGACAACUCCUUUGCUGGGCCUUCCAUGCUCCAUGAUCAAGGUGAUGCCUGCUCCACCACCAACCCAAGUUUUUCUAAAGCUGGCUCCAUCUUCACAGUGUCCAUGCCUGGCCAAUCCGGAGAUGGACCUUUGUCUUUGGACACUAUGGCUGGUACAUACAAUCCAGCUAGCCACAGUGAUUGGCCCCAGAGCAACCAGACCCAGGCAGGGUACCCCUCCACCUGUAUAAAACAAGAACCCCUCAGUAUCUCUAUCCAAGAGUCCACCUCUUCUUUGCUUCAGCAUCCGCCACUAUACAGGACUGAGAAAACAGACUUCAACCCUGUCAAACAGGAACAAAAAGGUGUUGGUGGGAGCAGUGUGGGCAAGCUACAGCCACCACCUCAGCCUGCAUACCCUCCACUAGCUCCUCCACCCCAACGUUCACCAGCUCAGAAGCUAUCGCUAGACAAAUAUAGAGAGAAACAUGCCGCAGAGCUGGUUGUUUCUGGGCAGAAGCGCAGUCAGGAACAGCAUGGGGGAGCUAUGGACUGUGAUGUGAGGGGGGAUAUUUUGUCUUCCUCCUCUUCUAACUAUGCACCAUCUACUACAAGCCAAGUAGACCAUAGAAAACACUCACAGCCCCACCAAACCUCCCUUGGCGGUGGUGGUCUUUCCACUGCCUCCCCAGUCAAAAUGAAAGUCCCUUCUUCCUCCACAUCAGGGCAAGACAGACGUCAUCACAGUGAAAAACGGGACAAGGGCUCACUAAAACUCCGUCUGGCUGUUCCUGGCGGUAGCUCCCAGCUGGAUAAAAGCGGACAAGCGAGCAAAGAUGAGCUUAAGAUGAAGAUAAAAGUUUCGUCAUCGGAGCGGCACAGCUCUUCAGAUGAAGGAAUGGGGGCAAACAACAAGAGUAAACAUUCCAGCCCUCUGGUGAGCAAGGAGAAACAACAUAAAGGAGCUGAUUACAACCUCCAUCGCCACCAUAAGCACAGUCAUCCACACACACACAGCGGAAAUGGACGGGGAGGCCCAGAGGGUCCAGGUGGCGGGGGAAGCCUGCUUCGUGGUCCUCCAGGGUUGAUGGGCAUGGAAGGGACGGCGCUUGCUCCUGGAUCCACCUCUUUACCUUCAUCCUCAUCACGAAGGAGGGCACACCCAGAUGCCAGCCACAACCAUCACCCUUCCUCCUCAUUCGUCACUUCCUGCUCCAAAGUGAGCAAAAUCUCCAAGGGUGGCACUGGUGCUGCAGGUGGGCUGCGGACCUCUCAGCAGUACCCGCCUCCUAGUGAAUCGCCACAUGAAGUGGGAGAGCAGAGACACUGAUUCCACCACUCUUCAGCCAUGGCCAGCUCAUGGAAAUGGCAACAAACUACCCAGAGUUCUCUCUGAAGACUAUGCUCACCUCCCUGUUAAGUGCCCUAAAAAACUCAAUGUGAUUAUAAACCCUUUACUGAAAGGCAGAAAAAUGUAUCUGCAAAAAAAAGUGUUGUUGGACUUCUCAAUUUUUGAGAGACAAGAAAGAUGAAAGAUUAUGCUUCCUGACUGUCAGAUCUCUGGGUCGUGAUGCUCAAAUCUGUCUUUUUGUUUAGUGUGUUGAAUUGCUGCUCGGUUCUCCUUCCUCCUCAAGUGAGUCUAGGAAUGUGCAAGGAUGGGCUUGAGCGUUUUCACGCUCAACCCAAGUCCCUACCUACAUUUCAAAUCUGCAUAUGGGAAAAAAAGUAUUAGUAUGUAGUACAAAGGCAUAAAAGAUGCACUUGUUUCAUUCUAUUUUUUUUAAACAAAUAAUUUAAUUGAAUCAUUAUUAUGGUUGUAUGGAGGAUGCCGGUGGCCAGAUGGAGAUGAGUUCAAGUUAUUUUUGCUGGCAUUCCAUUUAGUACUGUUGAUGGAUGCAUAUUUUUUUUUAGGUGUAAAGUUUCAUCUCCUCAAUUACUUUCUUGUGUUGAUUUCUUUUUAUACUAAAGUGAUGUGCGUAUGAUUUGCAUGUUUCAAUCAUCAAAGGGAUUUGAAAGGAGAUUGCGUACUUGCUGUUUACAGAAAGUUAAGAUAAAUGUGCAUACGUUUUUGUAUGUUUAAAAAAAAAAAAAAAGAUUCUAUACCAUGACUACUCAGGUUUUGAGCUGCUUGUAAGUAUAACAAGAUAACUAUAAUACCUAUAAAAACCUUUAUUUUGUUGAUCAAAGGACUGGGCAUCAUCAGUUGAAUGAUUGCAGCAUUCCAGUGAUUGUGCUUCUCGCAGCCUUCCUGUAGAGGGUGCUGUAAUGUGCUUUUCCACCACAGGAAAGAUCUGUUGAUGCCCUCAAUAACACUGGCACAUCCAACACCAAUUUUACCACAUCACAGCAAUGCAGCUUGUACCAAAAAAUAUUUUUUUGGACCUCUAAGUAGACCUUAAGCUGGAUGCCAAAGGUUGUGCCUCAAUUUAAAAAUCAAAGAUAUUAGUAGUGUGCUAUUAAAGUUUACAUAACCCCUUUGACUUUGAAGUGCAUCCGACCUAAUUUCAUAACAUGAAUCUGUAGCCUUUAGAUGUCAGCCUAUAAAGAGGACACUUGUUUUAUUAAAUCAGCCAUUUACAGGAAACAUGUCAGAAAAAAAGAACUGUGCAGUGACUUAUUGGUUGUAUGCAAUAUGACCUGAUGCUAUUUGGAAACCUCAAGUCUCUGCAAUUUGUGUUGCUAAUAGGUUUUCUUACAGAUGUCCUGAUCCAAUGGUAUAAUUUAUACUUAGAAAUAUACUGUUACAGAACUGUCCAGAAACGUCUCUACAUCGAUAUCCUGCAUUAAACUCUAUAUCCCCCCUGAAAUUAACUUAUUUAUUUCAGAGUGUGACGAAAGCUGAGCCUGGAUCUGGAUUGAUUGUUUCCUCCUCAAAAGAUUAUCAGAACACAUGCAGAUGUGAAAAACCCUUUUUUUUUUUUUUUAAUAUCUUUCCAGUUCAACAUUAUAAAUAAACUAUGAAGUUGCCUCCUCCCUG